UACACUCACGAUCCUUGGCUGGCUUCCUCCAUUAGAGCUUCAGGAUCGCCACACGAGAGCAUCCAGCGCGCGAAGCAUCACUUCCUCACAGAUAUGGCUUUCCGUCAGUCUGUCGGAUGGACGGCGGGAUCGGCUGAUUUCUGCGCGAACGCCGGAGAAAUGUUCGGAUAACUGGCAUCGCUUUUCAGGUCCAGCAUCUUUCUUCUGAAGUGCUUCAGGGAGAGUUUUGCAGCUUUGCGGUGGAAGAAUUGUGUGAUGAAAACAUCAGUGAUGGAUCUCAAAGUGGAACCUAUGGACAUUGAUUACGACCAGCCGCCUCCCCUCCAAGUGUUCGCUCACACCUCGACUCUACACGGCAUCUCUCAUAUCUUCUCCUAUGAGAAGAUCACGGCCAAAUGCUGCCUCUGGGUGGUGUUUUUCCUCAGCUCACUGACCUUUCUCAUGUACGUCUGCGUCGAUCGCAUUCAGUUCUACCUGGAGUACCCUCACGUCACCAAGCUGGACGAGAUCACGACGCCCAUGAUGGUUUUCCCAGCGGUGACGAUUUGCAAUCUCAACUCCAUCCGCUUCAGCAGGAUCACACGCAACGACCUGUAUCACGCGGGCGAGCUGCUGGCGCUGCUCAACUCCAGACAUGAGAUUCGGGACGCUCACCUAGUUGAAGAAAGCGUGAUGGAGGUUCUCAAGAGCAAAGCAGACUUUCGCUCCUUCAAGCCGCGACCCUUCAACAUGUGGGAGUUCUAUAAUAGAACAGGACAUGACAUAAAAGACAUGCUGCUCUCCUGCCAGUUCAGAGGUUCUCCGUGUCGACCCGAAGACUUCAGCGUGGUAUUCACACGUUACGGGAAAUGUUACAGCUUCAACUCGGGUAACACCGGCGCGCCGCUGGUCAGCGUGAAGGGAGGGAUGGGAAACGGCCUGGAGAUCAUGCUGGACAUUCAGCAGGACGAAUAUUUACCUGUGUGGGGAGAGACAGACGACUCGUCGUUUGAGGCGGGAAUCAAAGUUCAGAUUCACAGUCAGGACGAGCCUGCAUUUAUAGAUCAGCUGGGCUUCGGAGUCGCACCAGGAUUCCAGACGUUCGUUUCUUGCCAAGAGCAGCGACUGGUGUAUCUUCCUGCUCCAUGGGGCAGCUGCAAGUCAACCCCGCCGAGCUCGGAUUACUUCAAAGCGUACAGCAUCAGCGCCUGUCGAACAGACUGCGAGACGCGCUACCUGGUGGAAAACUGCAACUGCCGUAUGGUGCAUAUGCCUGCCCGCAUACCAGUGACUACAGUGUGCUGUGCAUGUUCAAAAAGACAAAAGUGUUGGAUAAUGUGUCACUUUAGCAUUUUAAUGUAUAAUCUUCCAUACUGGACUGUCAAAAUCAUGCUAAACCGGGUUUUGUGUGCUGUCAGGGAGAAUGUUCUAGUGCUGGACGUGUUCUUUGAGGCUCUGAACUAUGAAACCAUUGAGCAAAGGAAAGCCUAUGAGGUGGCUGGUCUGUUGGGUGAUAUCGGAGGACAGAUGGGGCUGUUCAUUGGAGCCAGUGUUCUUACGAUUUUGGAGCUUUUUGACUACCUUUAUGAGGUAAUGAAACACAGGUUGUGCCGCUGCUCCGACAAGAAACAUCACCACAACAACAACACUGAUCACGGCACUGUACUCGGCCUGGAUGAUGUUAAAUGUCACGUCAGUAAAUUCCAUUAACAUUCCCGCAGAAAUUCCAGCUGUACAUGUUCUACAUUUUAGCAGAUGGCAUCACAACACCAGCACGGUUGUGUUUUCUACGGAUUGUUCUGGCAUCUUGUGGUUGUACUGUCUCUCUCUCUCUCUCUCUAUUAUGCCUGUGUGAUUUUCUAGGAUUUUUCCAAAAAUGUUUUGUGGUUAACUGAACAAGCUGCUUUUGAUUAUGUCUCUAUAGGGCAGGAAUGUCAAAAAAGUUUAAUAUUAAUUAAAUGGUUCGAUCUCUGUGUGCCUGGCCUUUUGCGACAGAAUUGCGUCCGCUAGCUUGAGGGGUUACUGUAUGUGUCAUAUUUUGAUUCUGUGCAUCUUAAUGGCUAUUAUAUGGCUGUAAAUGCAUUGUGACAGGCGAUUCAUUGCACAAGGGAACACCAUUACAUGAGGGAGCACCAGUC